AUGUGUGUAAUUUGGGGUGUAUGUACACCUCAGGUGAAGCGGUUUUAUGUGCGGUGGAUCCGCCAGUUUGAGGGGGAGAAGAUAUCACCUGAGCUGCGAAAGCAGCUGCAGCCUGCUGCUGCUGAUGCUGCUCGUCGUGCUGCUGCUGCUGCUGCUGCUGGGACCCCUGCUGCUGCUCCGUACUCUGCUGCUGCUGCUUCUGCAGCUGCUGCUGCUGCAGCAGGAGGAAACGCCAGCUUUCUACAGCAGCACGCAGCAGCCCUCGCGAUGCACCCACUACGACAGCAGCAGCACCACAUGCUGCCGCAGCAGCAGCAGCUGCAGCAGCUGCAGCAGCAGGAGGAGCAGCAGCAGCAGUGGAAAGGCAUGGACACAGAAAGCAACAGCAGCAGCAGCAGCAAACUCAAAUCCGAGAGGCGGAUGCUGCUGCAGAAGCACGUAGCUGUAGACAUAUUCAGGCUCAUGAGGAGAAGAGACAGACUGGCUGCGAAGUACUCCCCCGAGGCGGUGGCGGCGCGCAUGGCGGCCCGCGAGCGCCGGCGGCAUCUCGUGGAGUCGGGGCAGCUGGGGCCAGCAACAGAUGUGCGGCGUUUGACGCAGAGUGUGGCGGACCGCCGCUACGCCCCCGGGGACUUUCCGUUUGCUAUGAACUGCAUAUACUAUCUCUCGCGGCCCCUCAGGGGUAUUUCUAUAGAACAGGUAAGCAGCAGCAGCAGCAGCAGCAGCAGCAGCAGCAGCAGCGGUAGCAGCAGCAGCUGUUUGCAGCGGAUGCACCCUGGUUUGUUGUAUGAAGUGAGCCUGCUGCUGGAGGAGGCAGCAGCUGCAUGCAGGGAGAGCCUGCUGGCUCUGCACCGGCCGCGGCCCCCCCCCGUUGACUUGCCGCAGCUGUUCGGGUGUAUAUACAACAUAUCAGCAACAGCAGCAGAGCGAGCAGCAGCAGCAACAGCUCCUCUUGACCCUAUGGAUUUGCUGCUGCCGGAGCUGCUGCAGCUGCCUGGGGCGCCUUGGGCAGCAGCAAAUAGCAGCAGCAGCAGCAGCAGCAGCACCAAGCUGGGGCCCCUCCUCGCCCUGCAUGCGCUGCAGCUAGCCAGUGCUGUCUCCGCCAAUCUGCUGCUGCCGGUUGAGAACAGGCUGAGCCUGGCGGGCUUCACGCGGGCCUCUCUGGGGCCGCUGCUGGUUGCUGCUGCUGCAGUGCAGCGCAGCAGCAGCAGCAGCAGCAGCAGCAGCAACAGCAGCAACAGUGCAAACCCAGCGCUAGAAGCUGCUGCUGCUGCUGAAGACGCAGAAGACCUCGUAGACAGCGAUGCAGACUGGAUAGACCAGGAGGAGGAGCAAGAUCAAGCGAAUGAGGUUGGUGGGGCUUUGACCCGGCAAGGCCGAGUCUUCCGCCGCCCGGAGUCUCCUGUGGAGGCUUCGCCUCGGCCUUCAUUCCCAGCCAUCAGCAGCAGCAGCAGCAGCAGCAGCAGCAGCAGCAGCAGCAGCAGCGCGGGGGGGUUCCCAGAGUGCUGGGGGGGGCCCCUCAAAGAACACCGGCUGAGGGAGGAGGGAGAAAGCCUGAAGGCUGCUGCUGCUGCGCUGCUGUCUGCUCUGGAUUGUGUUGCUGUUGCUGCUCUGCGUGCCGAGCGUUUGAUUCGUGCUGCAGCAACGCGAGCAGCAGCAGCAGCAGCACGGGCCUCAGCAACUGCAGCAGCAACAACAGCAGCAGCAGCAGCAGACGCAGCAGAUCCAGUUGCUGCAGCAAAGGCAUUCGUUAAACUCCCAGCAGCAGAACUGCUGCAGGGACUCAUAGAUGAGAAGCAAGCAACGCUGACGGGGGCAGCAGCAGCAGCAGCAGCAGCACCAGCAGCAACAGCAGCAGCAGCAGCAGCAGCAAAAGGGGCUAAGGGUUCUCUUCUCGAUGCCUUGAUGAACUACAGCAGCAGCUGGGAUCUGCGGCAGCUGCAGAAGCUGCAGGAUAUGCUCGGCUUGCAGCCACCUAACUCGCAGCAGCAGCAGCAGCAGCAGCAGCAGCAGCAGCAGGAAGACCAGCAGGAGCAGCAGCAGCAGCAGCAGCAGCAGCAGCAGCGCCAGAUGCAACGGAGUUUGUGGUUGUGCACAUGCAGCAGCAGCGGGGUGUCGCUACACCCCACCUAG